ACCACCAGUUGGAUAGGAAUCAAAACAGCACCCACCCCCGAGUCCGCGCCCAUUCCCUCUUUGAUUGAUCAUUGAUGGUGCCACCAUCUCUUUUGAUACUCGUGAAAAAAGAUGUAGAAUCCGAAAGAUGAAAAAGAAAUAAGUGUUUGUUUUCGUUUUAAUGGGAUAAAUUAAAUUAAAUAGAGGAAUUAUUGGCAUAGUAAUUGAUAAUUGCUGUGCCUGUCUCCAUACGGCAGCUAUAAUAACCACAUAUAUACGGGGCCAUGUACAAAAUUCCAUCGUCAUUCAAUCGUCUCCUUUGGUAAUUACUGGCGUUGCUUUUCAGUUUAUUUUUGCCCUUUUCCCCUUGAAAGUUAAAUAGGAAUGAAGGGAGUAAAAAGAGGGGUCAAUGCCCAUGGAGUGGUGCUGCUCUUGGUGGUGGUUGUAUUGCUUCAGAAAGCCGUACUGGGACGGCCUCUGCAACUGCAACAACUCACAGCGGUAACCAGGCCCAGCCCGAAGGACACUGCUGCUUUCGCUCGUUGGUUGGUCUGCCAGAGCUCCUGGGGUGUUCUAAGUACCAUAGCCAGUGAUUUGGGAGGAGCACCUUUUGGAAAUGUGGUCUCAUUUAGUGAUGGGCAACCAGACAAAGGAAGUGGCAUCCCAUAUUUCUAUUUGACGACACUUGAUCCAACAGCACGUUAUGCCUUGAAAGACCAAAGAUCUUCCUUCACAAUUAGUGAACAUCCCAUCGGGACUUGUGGUACCAAGGACCCUGAAAAUCCUUCUUGUGCAAAAAUUACACUUGUAGGGAAGUUGACAUUACUUGACGGAAAUUCCAAGGAAGCUGAGCUUGCUCAAACUGCGCUGUUCACUAAGCACCCUGAAAUGAAAGGCUGGCCUAAGGGUCAUAAUUUCCAGUUCUUCGAGCUGGAAAUUUAUGAUAUAUUUAUGAUCAAUUGGUUCGGCGGCCCUAAACCUCUCACUGUGGAGCAAUAUUUGCAAGCUGACAUGAAUAAAGUCACGUUCAGUUUCUGAUGAGUAGUUAUCUGCUUAAUAAUGGCCUGAUCCAAUCAGUUUGGUUGUGCUGAAAGCGUUCUUCAGUUUCUGGGUGGAUCUUCUGUACACCGUUCCCAAUUCAUUUGUAAAUGUGUUUCGUACGAUCAUGUAAAUUAACAAUGUGCAUCUGCCCAUUGUCUUGGAAAAAAGAAUGAAUAUCAGAGGAUAGAAAUGCAAGGAAGAAUUGCAUUUUUAGUGUUGAUGGAUGGCAAUAUUGCAUGCACAAAAGCAAAAAUAAGAGAACCCUGAGAUUGUAAUUAUCCCAUUAAAUUGUACCCUGAGAUUGUUGGUAACCUGGGACUGUGAAAAAUACUAGAAAAUGGGAAUGUGGGAAUUCAAAAGUUUGCCGCUAUUAAAGCAACCUUAUUUAGUUAUUAUUCA